AUGUCUAAAGACGACUCCAAAGAGGUAGUUGACCAGGAUGCCGUCAACCAAGAGGCAGUCAACCAAGAGGCAGUCAACCAAAAUCCAGUCAACCAGGAGCUAGAUGACCAAGAGACCCUCUAUGAAGAGACCCUCUCCGAAGAGACCCUCGACCAAGAUAGCCUUUACCAAGAGACCCUCGACCGAAAAGCCCUCGACCAAGAAACCCAAGAAAUCCUCGACCAAGACGCCGCCACCCAAAAAGCCGUCGAAGAAGCCAGCGCCCUCACCGCAGGCAACCCCUCCGUCUUCCCUGUCUACAUCGAAUUCCUCUGCCGCGGCACCGUCAACGCCGUCACCCUCUUUCGCAGCGACGAUGCCAGCCGCUGCACCACUGCCGGAAUCUUCAACGCCAUCGUCUUCGCUGCUGAACAUGGUCUGUUUGAGUUCCAAGAUCGGCUGAUGACGGCCCAGAUACUGACUGAUGAGCCGCUUUCUAUCCCUAUUUGGGCGGAGCAUUAUGCGAAGGUUGAGAGGGGGAAUAUCUUUAGGGAUUAUGUGGCGCAGGUUAUUGCGUAUGAGCUUGGUGUCUUCUGGGGACCUGUCAGGGAGGUUGAUAGGGAUGAGGUGGCUGAUAUGCUCAGUGGAUAUACGCAGCUGAAUGGGUAUACGUCACUUAAUGGAGAUGUUAAACUCAAUGGACUGCCGCAGCUCAACGGGGAAGCGCAGCCUAAUGGAUUCACGCAUGUCAACGGAGAUACGCAACCCAAUGGAUUCACGCAUGUCAAUGGAGAUACGCAACCCAAUGGCCACGCGCACACCAAUGGAGACACCCACCUCGCCAGCGACACGCAACUCCUAGACGAUGUCCUCGAAUACAUGAAGCCGAUCCCCGGCUCCACGCCGACUCAUCCAAACAUAGCACCGGUAUGCUUUUACCAUCUGCACCCAUCCGGCGCUGACUGCCCCGAUAUGUCCUACCCCAUGUCGUCGUGGAUUAUGUGA